UCUGCGUCCGUUUCAGGGAGUCAGUACCAAAUGAGGAGGAAAGGCCGAGGUCAUCGCGCUGCAGCGAGGCACCCUUCCUCCCCCGGCAGCACUAAGCACUCCCCCACGCGAGAGACGCUGACCUACGCGCAAGCGCAGAGGAUGGUGGAGAUCGAGAUCGAGGGCCGCCUGCACAGGAUCAGUAUUUUCGACCCUCUGGAGAUCAUAUUAGAAGAUGACCUCACUGCUCAGGAGAUGAGCGAGUGCAACAGCAACAAAGAAAACAGCGAGAGGCCGCCUGUGUGCCUGAGAACUAAGCGGCACAAGAACAACAGAGUCAAGAAGAAAAAUGAAGCCCCGCCCAGCGCGCAUGGUGCCCCCACCCCGGCCAGCGCGCUCCCCGAGCCCAAGGUGCGCGUGGUGGAGUACAGCCCCCCGGCGGCGCCCCGGCGGCCUCCCGUAUACUACAAGUUCGUGGAGAAGUCGGCCGAGGAGCUGGACGAUGAGGUGGAGUACGACAUGGACGAGGAGGACUAUGCCUGGCUGGAGAUCGUCAACGAGAAGCGCAGGGGCGACUGCGUGGCGGCCGUGUCGCAGGGCGCGUUCGAGUUCCUGAUGGACCGCUUUGAGAAGGCGUCGCACUGCGAGAAGCAGAAGCAAGGGGAGCAACAGUGCCUGAUUGACGAGGACGCCGUGUGCUGCGUGUGCAUGGACGGCGAGUGCCAGAACAGCAACGCCAUCCUCUUCUGCGACAUGUGCAACCUGGCGGUGCACCAGGAGUGCUACGGCGUGCCCUAUAUCCCCGAGGGCCAGUGGCUCUGCCGCCACUGCCUGCAGUCCCGGGCCCGGCCAGCUGACUGCGUGCUGUGCCCCAACAAGGGCGGCGCCUUCAAGAAGACGGACGAUGACCGCUGGGGCCACGUGGUGUGUGCCCUGUGGAUCCCCGAGGUCGGCUUUGCCAACACGGUGUUCAUCGAGCCCAUCGACGGCGUGCGGAACAUUCCCCCCGCCCGCUGGAAGCUGACGUGCUACCUCUGCAAGCAGAAGGGCGUGGGCGCCUGCAUCCAGUGCCACAAGGCCAACUGCUAUACCGCCUUCCACGUGACGUGCGCCCAGCGGGCCGGCCUCUACAUGAAGAUGGAGCCCGUGAAGGAGCUGGCCGGCGGUGCUGCCACCUUCUCUGUAAGGAAGACUGCAUACUGUGACGUCCACACGCCCCCGGGCUGCACCCGGAGGCCCCUGAACAUUUACGGGGAUGUCGAGGUGAAAAACGGCGUCUGCCGGAAGGAGAGCUCAGCCAAGACGGUCAGGUCCGCGUCCAAGGUCAGGAAGAACGCGAAGAAGCCCAGGACGACGCUCCGCGAGCCCCGUGCGGCCCUGCCGCCCGUGUGCGCGCCCCACAUUCCCCCUCAGAGAUUAAAUAGGAUCGCGAGCCAGGUGGCCAUCCAGCGCAAGAAGCAGUUUGUCGAGCGCGCCCACAGCUACUGGCUCCUCAAAAGGCUGUCGAGGAACGGAGCCCCCCUGCUGCGCAGACUCCAGUCCAGCCUGCAGUCCCACAGAAACACGCAGCAGAGAGAAAACGACGAGGAGAUUCAAGCCGCCAAAGAGAAGCUGAAGUACUGGCAGCGGCUGCGGCACGACCUGGAGCGCGCGCGCCUGCUCAUCGAGCUCCUGCGCAAGCGCGAGAAGCUCAAGCGGGAGCAGGUGAAGCUGGAGCAGGUGGCCCUGGAGCUGCGGCUGACCCCGCUCACCGUGCUGCUGCGCUCCGUGCUGGACCAGCUGCAGGAGAAGGACCCGGCCCGGAUAUUUGCUCAGCCAGUGAGCCUGAAGGAGGUUCCGGAUUAUCUGGAUCACAUUAAACACCCUAUGGACUUUGCCACGAUGCGGAAACGGCUAGAAGCGCAAGGGUACCGGACUCUCGGGGAGCUGGAGGCGGACUUUGAGCUCAUCGUGGGCAACUGCAUGAAGUAUAAUGCCAAGGACACGGCGUUCUACCGCGCGGCCGUGCGGCUGCGCGACCAGGGCGGCGCGGUGCUCAGGCAGGCCAGGCGCCAGGCCGACAGCGUGGGCUUCGAGGAGGCCUCAGGGAUGCACCUGCCCGAGCGGCCCCCCGCGGCCCCCCGGCGGCCUUUCUCCUGGGACGACGUGGACAGGUUGCUGAGCCCGGCCAGCAGGGCCCACAUGGUCCUGGAGGAGCAGCUGCGGGAGCUGCUGGACAUGCUGGACCUCACGAGCUCCAUGAAGCCCAGCGGGUCGCGGCGCAGGCGGGGCAGGCUGCUGAAGAAGGAGAUCGCCGCCCUCCGGGGCCGGCAGCGCCGGCAGCACAGCCCGCCCCCGGCCGCCGGCUCCGCUGCUGCAGGCGUGGAAGAGGACGCUGCUCAGCUGGGGCAGGAGACCGGCCAGGAAGGAGAUAAAUCUCCCCCUAAACUUGAACCAUCAGAUGCAUUACCUCUUCCUUCAAACUCGGAGACUAAUUCAGAACCACCAACCCUCAAACCAGUAGAACUCAACCCAGAGCAGAGUAAACUAUUCAAAAGAGUCACAUUUGGUAAUGAAUCACAUAGCACUUGCACUCAGAGCGCACUGGUAAUCGGACACCCUCCAGAGCCCACCCUCGCCAGUAGUGGCGAUGCGCCGGCGGCGGCCUCCGCGGUGGCGGAGCCAUCAAGCGAUGUAAACAGACGCACUUCUGUUCUCUUCUGCAAAUCGAAAAGUGUAAGCCCCCCAAAGUCUGCCAAGAACACUGAAACCCAGCCAACUUCUCCUCAGCUAGGGACCAAAACCUUUUUGUCUGUAGUCCUUCCGAGGUUGGAGACUCUUCUGCAGCCAAGAAAAAGGUCGCGAAGCGCCUGCGGCGACUCCGAGGUGGAAGAGGGGCCCCCGGGGAAGCGCCUGGACACAGGGCUCACCAAUGGCUUUGGGGCCGCGAGGGGCGAGCAGGAGCUGGGCGGCGCCCCGGGGAGAACAGCCGCGCCCCGCCGCCGCUGCGCCUCCGAGUCCAGCGUCUCCUCCAGCAGCAGCCCGCUCUGCGAGUCCAGCUUUAGCGCGCCCCCGUGCGGCCGGGGCAAGCCCGCCCUGGUCCGCAGGCACACGCUGGAGGACCGCAGCGCGCUGAUCUCCUGCAUCGAGAACGGGAACUACGCCAAGGCAGCCCGGAUCGCGGCCGAAGUUGGUCAGAACAGCAUGUGGAUUUCAACUGACGCAGCGGCCUCCGUCCUUGAGCCCUUGAAGGUCGUGUGGGCCAAGUGCAGCGGCUACCCCUCGUACCCGGCCCUGAUCAUCGACCCCAAGAUGCCGCGUGUGCCUGGCCACCACAACGGGGUCACCAUCCCAGCGCCGCCGCUGGACGUGCUGAAGGUCGGCGAGCACAUGCAGACCAAGGCGGAUGAAAAGCUCUUCCUCGUUCUGUUCUUCGACAACAAGAGGAGCUGGCAGUGGCUCCCGAAGUCCAAGAUGGUUCCCCUCGGCAUUGACGAGACGAUAGACAAGUUGAAGAUGAUGGAGGGGAGGAACUCCAGCAUCCGGAAGGCGGUGAGGAUCGCCUUCGACCGCGCCAUGAACCACCUGAGCCGCGUGCACGGGGAGCCGGCCAGCGACCUCAGCGACAUAGACUGACGCUCAGGCCGUGGCUUUGUCCAUAGUGUCGAUAUGCUGUACAUACUGUAUAUUGUUCACCACUUAACUUAUUCUGAUUUUUAGGUGUAGUUUAAUUCUUUCUCCCAGGGAGGGGGAGGUUUUAUUUCCCAGUUUUCUAUGAAAUCAUCCCCGUUUGGGCGCUCUGUGAAUGGCGUGGGCGCGUCCCCCGAGUGCAGCUCUGUGCCCCUCACGGGUCACUCUAGAGGGCGCUGCCGGCGUCACUUUCUUUGAUCUGUAGCUGAUUUUUUUUUUUUUUAAAGACUUUUGAAUGUUUAAUAAUUUUGUAAAUCAUACUCUUUACACAGAGUACCACUUAUUUAAUAGAUGGGAUGUAAAUUUACAAUGAC